GCUGGACCAGACACAUCCCCUGGGGCUAGAGUUGAAGCUGAACCAAGUGACCAUCCCAGCGUGCGACUAAAUUCCUGGCUCCAGGAGCAGCCAGAGCCAGUGGGCAGGCAGGCAGGCUUUUGCUCAGAGGCCCUAGUGCUCAGCACGCUGGCUAUCCACAGGCGGAAUGGCACUGCAAGUGGAGCUGAUCCCCACCGGGGAGAUCAUCCGUGUGGUUCAUCCCCACAGACCCUGCAAGCUUGCCCUGGGCAGUGACGGGGUGCGGGUGACCAUGGAGAGUGCACUGACUGCCCGUGACCGAGUAGGGGUACAGGAUUUCGUGCUGCUGGAGAACUUCACCAGUGAGGCAGCCUUCAUCGAGAACCUGCGGCGACGGUUCCGGGAGAACCUCAUUUACACCUACAUUGGCCCAGUCUUGGUCUCUGUCAACCCCUACCGGGACCUCCAGAUCUAUACCCGGCAGCACAUGGAGCGUUACCGUGGCAUCAGCUUCUAUGAGGUGCCACCGCACCUGUUCGCGGUCGCUGACACUGUGUACCGGGCAUUACGCACGGAGCGCCGCGACCAGGCAGUGAUGAUCUCGGGGGAGAGCGGGGCAGGCAAGACAGAGGCCACCAAGAGGCUGCUGCAGUUCUAUGCUGAGACCUGCCCAGCCCCCGAGCGGGGGGGUGCUGUGCGUGACCGGCUGCUGCAGAGCAACCCUGUGCUGGAGGCCUUCGGAAAUGCCAAGACCCUCCGGAAUGAUAACUCCAGCAGGUUUGGGAAGUACAUGGACGUGCAGUUUGACUUCAAGGGUGCCCCUGUGGGUGGCCACAUCCUCAGUUACCUCCUGGAGAAGUCCCGUGUGGUCCACCAAAAUCACGGGGAGAGGAACUUCCACAUCUUCUACCAGCUCCUGGAGGGGGGCGAGGAGGAGACACUGCGCAGGCUGGGCUUGGAACGUAACCCUCAGAGCUACUUGUACCUGGUGAAGGGCCAGUGUGCCAAAGUCUCCUCCAUCAAUGACAAGAGUGACUGGAAGGUUGUCAGGAAGGCUCUGAUGGUCAUCGACUUCACUGAGGAUGAAGUGGAGGAUCUGUUGAGCAUCGUGGCCAGUGUCCUGCAUUUGGGCAACAUCCACUUUGCUGCUGAUGAGGAGAGCAACGCCCAGGUCACCACCGAGAACCAGCUCAAGUACCUGACCAGGCUCCUUGGUGUGGACGGUUCAACGUUGCGGGAAGCCUUGACACACAGGAAGAUCAUUGCCAAGGGAGAAGAGCUGCUGAGCCCACUGAACCUGGAACAGGCUGCGUACGCACGAGAUGCUCUUGCCAAGGCCGUGUACAGUCGCACUUUUACCUGGCUGGUUGGGAAGAUCAACAGGUCUCUGGCCUCCAAGGAUGCUGAGAGUCCCAGCUGGCGGAGCACCACGGUCCUUGGGCUCCUGGACAUUUAUGGCUUUGAAGUGUUUCAGCACAACAGCUUUGAGCAGUUCUGCAUCAAUUACUGCAACGAGAAGCUGCAGCAGCUCUUCAUUGAGCUCACCCUCAAGUCGGAACAGGAAGAGUAUGAGGCAGAGGGCAUUGCGUGGGAGCCUGUCCAGUAUUUCAACAACAAGAUCAUCUGUGACCUGGUAGAGGAGAAGUUUAAGGGCAUCAUUUCCAUUUUGGAUGAGGAAUGUCUGCGCCCUGGAGAAGCCACGGAUCUGACAUUCCUGGAGAAGUUGGAGGAUACAGUCAAGCACCAUCCACAUUUCCUGACGCACAAACUGGCUGACCAACGGACCAGGAAAUCUCUGGGCCGCGGGGAGUUCCGCCUUCUGCACUACGCUGGGGAAGUGACCUACAGUGUGACUGGAUUUCUGGAUAAAAACAAUGACCUCCUCUUCCGGAACCUGAAAGAGACCAUGUGCAGCUCGGAGAAUCCUAUUAUGAACCAGUGCUUUGACCGGAGCGAGCUCAGUGACAAGAAGCGGCCGGAAACGGUCGCCACCCAGUUCAAGAUGAGCCUCCUGCAGCUGGUGGAGAUCCUGCAGUCUAAGGAGCCUGCUUAUAUCCGCUGCAUCAAGCCCAAUGAUGCCAAACAGCCCGGCCGCUUUGAUGAGGUGCUGAUCCGGCACCAGGUGAAGUACCUGGGGCUGAUGGAGAACCUACGAGUGCGAAGAGCCGGCUUUGCAUAUCGCCGCAAAUAUGAGGCUUUCCUGCAGAGGUACAAGUCGCUGUGCCCAGACACAUGGCCCACGUGGGCAGGACGGCCCCAGGAUGGAGUGGCUGUGCUGGUCAGGCACCUUGGCUACAAGCCAGAAGAGUACAAGAUGGGCAGGACCAAGAUCUUCAUCCGCUUCCCCAAGACCCUGUUUGCCACAGAGGAUGCCCUGGAGGUCCGGCGGCAGAGCCUGGCCACGAAGAUCCAGGCCUCCUGGAAGGGCUUUCAUUGGCGGCAGAAAUUCCUCCGUGUGAAGCGAUCAGCCAUCUGCAUCCAGUCGUGGUGGCGGGGAACACUUGGAAGGAGGAAGGCCGCCAAGAGGAAGUGGGCGGCACAGACCAUUCGGAGGCUCAUCCGAGGCUUCAUCCUCCGCCAUGCACCCCGCUGCCCCGAGAAUGCCUUCUUCCUGGACCAUGUGCGCACAUCUUUUUUGCUCAACCUGCGGCGGCAGCUACCCCGGAAUGUCCUGGACACUUCCUGGCCCACUCCCCCACCUGCCCUGCGUGAGGCCUCGGAGCUUCUGCGGGAAUUGUGCAUGAAGAACAUGGUGUGGAAGUACUGCCGGAGCAUCAGCCCUGAGUGGAAGCAGCAGCUGCAUCAGAAAGCCGUGGCUAGUGAGAUCUUCAAGGGCAAAAAGGACAAUUAUCCCCAAAGCGUCCCCAGGCUCUUCAUCAACACACGGCUUGGUGCAGACGAGAUCAGCCCCAAAGUGCUGCAGGUGCUAGGCACUGAGCCCAUCCAGUAUGCUGUGCCUGUAGUGAAAUACGACCGCAAAGGCUACAAGCCCCGCUCCCGGCAGCUGCUGCUGACGGCCAGUGCUGUGGUCAUCGUGGAGGAUGCCAAAAUCAAGCAGAGGAUUGAUUACACCAACCUGACCGGGAUCUCCGUCAGCAGCCUGAGCGACAACCUCUUUGUGCUGCAUGUGCAGCGUGAGGACAACAAACAGAAGGGGGAUGUGGUGCUGCAGAGUGAUCACGUGAUUGAAACACUGACCAAGACCGCCCUCAGUGCUGACCGUGUGAAUAAUAUAAACAUCAACCAGGGCAGCAUCACGUUUGCAGGGGGCCCUGGCAGGGACGGCAUUAUCGACUUCACAUCUGGCUCGGAGCUGCUCAUUACCAAGGCCAAGAACGGGCACCUGGCUGUGGUGGCCCCACGGCUGAACUCUCGGUGAUGAAGGCACCCACUGGACCCUCCCACCUCCCAUUGCUUUGCUUAUCCUCUCUUACCCUUCUCAGUUACCAAAGACUCGAGCUUCCAGACAGGGACCCAGGGACACCUCGAAGCCCACCGACAAACUCCUGCCUCCUGCUCGUCCCUCUCUUGAGGGAGCCGCGGGGGCCAGGGAGCUGCCACAGGAGCGGGCCAGGCCGGGCCACAGCAAUA